UUGCUAUUAUCAAAUGUGGCUAGGUGUCCAAGAUGUUGAAAGAUCAUGACUGGAUCAACGCUGAGAAGCACCUCUUUGGCCAACCGAAUAGCGCCUACGAUUUCAAAACCAACAACCCCAAAGAAGCUGGUCAGAGACUUCAGAAGCUGCAAGAAAUGAAGGAGAAACUGGGAAGAAAUGUCAACAUGAGAGCCAUGAAUGUCCUGACAGAAGCUGAAGAGCGGUAUAAUGAUCUGAUGAAAAAGAAGAGAAUUGUUGAAAAUGACAAGUCCAAAAUCCUUGCAACUAUAGAAGACCUUGACCAGAAGAAAAACCAAGCCCUGAAUAUUGCGUGGCAAAAGGUGAACAAAGACUUUGGAUCUAUUUUUUCUACCCUUCUGCCUGGUGCUAAUGCUAUGCUUGCACCUCCAGAAGGACAGACUGUAUUGGAUGGUCUGGAGUUCAAGGUCGCCUUAGGGAAUACUUGGAAAGAAAACCUGACUGAGCUCAGUGGUGGUCAGAGGUCUCUGGUGGCUUUGUCAUUGAUACUGUCCAUGCUCCUCUUCAAACCUGCUCCAAUUUACAUCCUGGAUGAAGUGGAUGCAGCCUUGGAUCUUUCUCAUACCCAGAACAUCGGACAGAUGCUGCGGACUCAUUUCACACAUUCUCAAUUCAUUGUGGUAUCCCUAAAAGAAGGCAUGUUCAACAAUGCGAAUGUCCUUUUCAAGACCAAGUUUGUGGACGGUGUCUCUACAGUAGCAAGAUUCACUCAGUGUCAAAAUGGAAAGGUCCCCAAGGAAACAAAGUCCAAGGCCAAAGUGCCCAAGUGAUCACAUACAGAAACUGAGUAUACAUUCACUCCUUCACCAUUUUUCAAAGUCUUUAAGCAUCUGAGAUUUAUCUGAUCUGUUUUUAUAAAACUUCAGCUGUGUUGUUUCUUAACCCAUAUUUUUCUCUCCCUUCUUAGUCACUUAUAAGUGAACAUGGAUUUUUCUUAAUGUAACUAAAUUCCAAUUACUGUGGUUGUGAUUUUAUGUAUAUCAACAAGUGUUUUUUCUUAAACUGAUUUUUUAAAUAUAUAUUAAGGAGACUGAGAUAGUUUGGUGGUAAGCUCUGUUUUUAAAAGCCAGAAAUGGAAAGAAACAGGUGAAAUUAAGUUAUAGGGUAAAUAUAGCUGAUAGUCAGCUUUUCAGUUUAAUUCCUAAGAUCUGUUUUCUAUUAAUAAAGUCAUUCAGUUGAUGAAGAAUGAUAAAGCAGCUAGGCCAACAACAGGGUCUCAGAAAGCUAUUAUUUGUACGCUGAGCUCUUUGUGGCUAGCUCUUUGAGACACAGUGAUUUAGACCCUGCUUCAGAUUUUAAUGAGAAACAUCUUUAAUGAUGUUAGAAUAUCAUGUGUGUAUACUUCUAAUAGUCUCUGCACCUUAAGUAUUUUCUUUUUAAGUUGUUACAAGUAUUUUAGUAGAAACUUGAAAGCAGACUGCUCUCUGUUGUAAGUUGCAGUGAAGUCUUAACAUUUUCCGUGAUUUUAUCAGCCUUUUCAUAAUCCAGUCAAUAACAAUGGAAGUGGCUGGCAGCACAUGAGGUAGCAAACUAAAUCAAAUUAUCUUUUACUCUUUAAAUGGAUAUGGAGGCUUUUUUUUUUUUUUUCUACAACAAAGGACUCAAAGUUUGGUGGUUAUAUUUGUCUUCUGCUUUCCAGUUCAAAGGAAUGAAAAGGUUCCUUUUAGGACUCAAAGAUCAUAAAUAACCAAAAAAAAAAAAAAACCACUAUAAAAAGAUGAUGUAUCAUUCUUAAGACUGGUGGAUACAUCCCCAGAACAGUGUCUCCUCGCUGUUGUCAUUGCCAUAAGCUAAUCCGACUGUAGCUAUGUCCAUUUAACCCUGUCUUCUCUCCAUACCUGAAUAUUAAACUUGAUAGUAUUAUCAUUCCUUCCCCUGACAAUAUGCUUCUGUGUCUUAGACCUUAGCUUAGCAUUUCUCAUCUUGAAGGUGUCAAAUACCAGCCAGGUUCUUGAUGUAAGGCAACACGUUAGAAAGAAGGGAACAUGGAAUUAACUCUGCUCACUGUAGGAGAGGAGGGGGCAAAGCUAUCAAUGCUGUUACAGGACGUCACUGUCACACACAAAGUAAGUUUCAUUACAGUUUGCCAAAGCAGUUAUAUCAGUUCACAUUGUCAUUCUGUACAAGAGGACACCUGUCUGACCGUAAUCUAGGCACCAUCCUAUGUAAAUUUUUAGACUUCAGAUUUUAAUGCUUAGAAAAUGUUACCUUAUUGCUGUCUUAACUAGCAUUUUAUAAAUAACUGUGGAGCUGAAUAUUUCCCUUGCUAUGACUUUUAUUUGUGUUUUCCUAAAGUUUGUCUUCUAUGUAACUUCUUUUAAGAUAUUCAUACAUAAUAAAUUUUUGUGAAUGU